AUGUUGUUCGUGGAAGGAAUGGCAGAGACCCAAAAUUCCAAGAACGAUCCUCCGUCUGCCUCACAGUUUCUGGAAAUGGGACAUGUCAUCGGUAUAAGACUCAUCGAGUUCGCCCAACGAUCCCACAGUGACAUUGCCUAUCACAUCGAUUUACUAGAAGGAUUUAGAAAAGAAACAUUGAAGUAUAUCCGCAAAGUCCAGGAAUUCCUUCAGCAAAACCAGCAACCGGGGAACAAGGUCAACCUUUGCGAAAUGGUGCUUUCGUUUCUGCUGGUUCUCCAGGCGGAGAAUCAAAAAAUUACAAGCACUACAACAGAAGAGUCUCUGCGGCAUUCAGCUUCGGCGUCGUACGACGAGAUGAAGUUUUUCGUUGGUGCUUUUGAGCAGAUGAAGAAGAAUGCUAUGGCAGAUUACCAAUGUGAACUGGACGGCAGAGCUGCCAGCCCUGGUGAUGAUGAUCAACAAGGCGGGCCUCGAACUCUGCCACCGUCUAAUGUUGUCGCACAAGGGCCACUUCCAACUACCCCGGGACCGUCGGGACAGCAAACUCUCGCGGCGCCGCAAGAGUUAGCAGCUAUAGCUGCCGGGUCGAAUCCUCAAGACUCUCAGUCCCAUCUUCCGGCACAGCAUACGCCAACAGCUUCUCAGAUGCAGUCACCUCCUCCGACCCAGCCCGUGUCAGCAGAUACUCCUCCGCAGCCUACAACAAGAACACUUAACUGGGAAGACCGAUUAUUAUUGCUAGAACAGCCCACAUCACAUGACUCGCAAGGAAAGAAACCCGCCCCCAAGUGUGUUGAGGUCCUUCGGGAGACACAUCAGCAAGACGCAGCUUCAGCCAAUGCGGCUGCGUUUGCAUCACAUUCGGCUUCAGGACUUCAGGGAAUCCCAAGCCGAGAAAGCCAAGGGCACCAGCUCGGAGGCGAAGGCAAUCAACCAGCUCCGAUGGGACCAUCUCAAGUCGCUUCCUCGGCCAGCCAGCCAGUACCAAAGAACAAAAGCACUCAACCUGCUUCAACGAAUGGCAAUGAUGAAUUUGAGUCAAAUACGGCCGGCAAAGGCAACCAAAUGGCCAUGUCAACCCCACAAGGACCGUCAACCGGAGGCCAGAAGAGAGCCGCACCGCGCAAGAGGAAAAGUACUUUGCCUACCACCAAUCGCUAUUCAACUGAUGGCAAGAAAGAAUCAGAGCCAAUUCCGGGUAGUCUCAGAAAAUCGGUGAUACUACCCCUACAAGGUCCCACGACGAACAGUGAGAAGGGAUUUUCACCACAGCACGAGAGAAAGAGCACCGUUCCUGCUACCCAAUUAACUCCACCAGCGCCGAGUCUGAAGCCCAGUAAAGUAAACCUUACACCAAAGGGGGAACCGGCUCAAAAGGUCAAGCCACUUCUUCGACGUCCAACUCAGCAAGCUUUAUCGGCACAGACCACAGACACCACUGGAGCCAGCCAGAGGCCUUUAGCAUAUCCAGCUGGCCCGAUUAUGCAGCAGAAGCAAGAAUUUCAGUCGCAACGACAGAACACCGCACAUAGUCAGCCGAUACAAAGAUCUUCGGCACAAAAACAGUACGCUACCCAGAACCAGCACACCACCUUGUUUUCCCGCCCAACUGCCAUGGUGCCUAGCACAUAUCAGUCGGUCUUCGGUACGUCAGUGCCUCAACAUGCUCAACAGAUGGAGGAGACACAGCAAAAACAAAUGGGCUUGUCUGUUGGCGUUCCGCAGCUAAGAUGGUCUCAAGGGUACCAGCAACAGCUAAGUGUUCCCCCCAAUAUCAAGACACCCAUGAUCCAGUCCGAAGCCUCAGUUGAUCUCAAGAAUCAGAAUGUUCAGGCACCGGAUGAAGGACCACAAUCCGCUUCGGCUCUGGCGUCGCAAGCGCAAGGCCAGCAGGCUCAAAAGUCUCUGGCGGAGACGCCUAAAAGGAAGUUGUUACAGUUGCCACGAACCUAUGCUCCUUCGGCUCAACUGCAGUCUGUUGAAGAGAAGUUAGGGACUCGGCCGGCUCAACAUUCAGUAGCCGAGAAGACAAAACAGCAUAUGUUACAGCUACCACGAACUUAUGGUCCACAGCGACAACAUCCUUUGGAAGAGGUGUCAAAAAAUAAGCAACAAAAGAUUGAUGGACUUCUAGCUCCGAAGGUUCGAGAGGCGUUCAUAAACCAGGGAUUAGUACAGCCGCCGGAGACUCAGGCACCACAGAUACCUCAGCCCCCGAUCUAG